AAACUAUUUGUUAACAUAAACUGGAUAUUUUCAUUUAUCAAUCUGAGCUAGUAUUUGUUGGACUAAAAGUAUUUAAAACCAAAAAGUUCUACUCACUGUUAUUAAUAUAACAUUAUAGGACUAUGAGUUAUUUUAAAAAAACAAUAAAAAUUAUUAUUAUUGUUCUCUACUUGGAAUUCACCUAUUCCCAAAGUAUUUUGGAUUCUAUACGCAAUUUUGGACUGAAUCUUGAUAACUUGGUUUUUUGUAAUGAGUUUUGGUUACCAACUAAAGAGUUUCCUGGUUUGAAAGAAAAACUUAAAUCUGAUGUAUUCGGCCAACCUUUUGUUAAAAAUAAUCUUAUUCCAAUAUUAGAAGAUUAUUAUUUAAAAGCGAAUUAUAAGGACAGCAAGAAUGCUUUGGUGUUGAGUUUUCAUGGUCCACCAGGAGUUGGAAAAAGUUUUGUCUCCGAAAUAUUAUCAGUUGCUCCUUUUAUUAAAAAUAAGCAUUUAUUUUCUGCAAACAACAUAUUUUUUGACAAACAUCUUGUUGAUAAACAUAAAGCUAAUAUUAAUCAAUUAAUCGAUUCUUCAAUUAGGGACUGCGAAAGGUCUCUUUUUAUUUUUGACGAUGCUGAUUACUUCCCCUCAGAAAUAUUUCAGGAAUUGAAUGUAUUUAGAAAAAUUGAUGGUGGUUUAAAAUAUGGUGGAAGCGUUUUUAUAUUUUUAUUUCAAGUGGGUGCUGAACAGCUGACUGCCUUAACUUUAGAUUUAUUGAGAAAAGGUGAAAGAAGAGAAAUGUUUCAUAUAGAUGAGUUCCAUAACAUCAUAAAGAAUGCGAUGCUUGAUAAAGGCUAUUCAGGAGAUAGCAUUUUCAUGAAACCAAUUAAUAAAAUUAUACCAUUUUUGCCAUUAGAGAAGGAACACAUUAAAAAAUGUAUUGAUAAAGGAUUUGUGAAUGAAGGAUACGACAUUACAGAAAAUGAUUAUAAAAAAGUUUAUGAGCUGCUAGGUUUUCAAUCAGGAACUUCAUUUUCCAGUUCAGGUUGCAAACUCGCUUUAGCAAAACUCUCUAUGGGUUUGAAUAGUAAGACUGAAUUGUAAAUAAAUAAAUAUAAGUAUAUGAUGAAGAACAUGUGAUUUGCUCAAAGAAAUACAUGUUACUUAUUCACUGCUAUUUCUGAACCCUUUUUGUACAAUUUUUUAAUGAUCUCUAUGUAUAUAUUUCUUUUUUUAAACUUCAACUUAUCUUUUCCUUAAAGAAAUAAUGGACAUAGCCAUUUGUUUACUCCUUUAAGUAAGUUUAAACUUUAAUGAGAUUUAAAUAUUUUAAUUGUGUGAUGUUAUUUUAAAAAUAUUAUACUGAUGUCAUCAUUUUUAUUGAUGGCUAGAUGACAUUUUUCUAAACUUUUGUUAUGUGUAAAUUUGAGACAUGUGUGAUUUGAAUUGUUUAUAAAUUAUUAAAUUUUUUUUGUUGAA